AUGUCGUCGGGUAGAAAAUGUAAAAAUUGCGGAAGUUCCGAUAUAGAAGUCGACCCAGCUAGAGGCGAUGCUGUGUGUACGAAUUGCGGUUCCGUGCUCGAGGACAAUAUUAUCGUUUCGGAAGUUCAAUACGAAGAAGGGGCUCAUGGCACCUCGAAUGCUAUCGGUCAAUUUGUCGCGUCGGAUUCUAAGGGGGGCGCAGCAAAGUUUGGAGCAUGGCAAGGCCAAAGGACGGUGAACUCUUUGGUUCAAAUUGCGAUUCCUGUUCAAGGAGUAUCUGUAGGCAAUGUGCUGGAAUUAACACUACAGAAGCUCUGUCACAACGAACUCUUUUGUUCUAUUGCCCAGACUGUAAAACCAAAAAGUCUUAGAGAUCAUGUAAACAAGCUUGUCCUUGAAGGCACAGAGAAUGACCGGCAUAUUGCCAGGUUAAACAAAAGAACCACUGACGUCGAAGAUGAAGUUCACAAUUACCAACAGAAAAAUAAGGAGCUAUUGGGCCAAAUAGAAGAGCUGAAUAAUCAGAGUAGUAAAAUGAGUGCUGAGUUGGUGGAAUUGGAUGAGUUGAAGAACAGAGACACUUACCAAAGAUAA